AUGUCUGUCGAACUCAACGCGAUCGUGGUACGCGACUUUCACGGCGCCCUAGAAAGGCCCGGAAAGCGGCAACGCCACUUUGAUUCGCCUGUGCUUCUUGACGAUGAAGAAGAGAAUGAGAAUAAAAGGCAAAAGAAAGAUAAAGAAGACCACGAAGAUCAGUCACAUGGCCACUCAGGCUCGGAGAAUAUGAGUCAGGAAGAAGGUGAGGCUAUGGGAGACAACCGCCACAAUCCAGCAUCGAACGACCGUACGGAUGCAAUUGAGGCGAAACUGGAGAAACUCAUGCUUGGCCAUGAGAAGCUCAAACUCAAUAUCUGCAAGGUCAAUUUCGACCACGAGAAGGUCAAACUCGAUAUUGACAAGGUCAAGCUCGAUAAUGAGAAGCUCAAAUUCGUUAUUGACAAGGUUAAUCUCAAUAACGAGAAGCUCGAACGCGAUAUUGACAAGGCCAAUCUCGACAAUGAGAAGCUCAAACGCGAACUUGAGAUUCUCAAACUAGACUACAAGACCUACAAAGAGGAGAUAAAUGUUAUCCUCCAGGAUUUGCUUGGCAUCGUGGCGCAGCUCGUCAGAGCCACCAAGUGGCUGUUUGGCAGAGUCCGCGCGACCACGAAGCUGGCGGAUGGCGCCGCGACAAUCGUGAAAAGCCUUUGGAAAUGGCUGCGCGGAGAGGAAGCUAAGCCGCGACCUACUCGCUUGCCUGCGGUUGUCAGUGUCGCCUCCUUUGCAAAUCCCGAUGCCAACCCUGAGUAUUGGGUUGGGUAG